GUGCAAGGGACUACCACACUGGGCGACCGGUAAACUGUUGUUGUGGGGUGGGGGGUUAAGGGCAUAACGGCAGAUAAUGGCAUCUAGGAUUUAUUUGAUACCAGCAACCCUCCGGUUGCCAGCUCACUUCCUGACAGAUUCUUCCAGUAGGACCCGGUUUCCAAACGGGCAACUCUCCGGUUUACUGGCUUGCCCCUCUAACCACUAUGCUACCUGCCACCCCACAAUGAGGAUUAUAGCUAAAAAAGACAAACUUCCAGCGUGUUUUAACAUAUCACUUGGUGUCUUAAAGGGAUUGCAUCAAGGAAGAUUAAGGUAAUAGGUUUACCUCUACCGUCCGUCCCUCCCUGUGGAGAUGCUCUGCUCUAAUGUUUCACAUGGGUUUCUGUCUAAGGAAUUAUGGCCACCUUGUAUACAGUAUUAGCUAUAGCUUGGGUAUUCUAUGAAGUAACUCCUGCCUCGACAUCUUGUUUACACGGCUGCUCUUGUACAAAUGAUAACUUGGGAAGAUCCUUACUUUGUAUGGAAACCGCCAUGGGACGAAUCCCAGACAACGUCCCAAAUUAUUUCAGUAAAAUUCGAAUAGAGAAUUCCCACCUGACCGAAUUACCCCGUGGCUCCUUCUCUAAAGUUACUGCCUUGGCGUCUCUAUGGUUGAAUUUCAACGACAUCACCCUAAUGAACAUCAAGAGUCUCGAAGGGCUGACGAAUUUAACGGAACUGCGGCUCCAGGGAAACAAGCUGCGUUCAGUCCCAUGGACAGCAUUCCAGGACACGCCGAACCUGAACAUUUUGGACCUGAAACUCAAUCGACUAGACGUGCUCCCGGAAUCCGCCCUGAGACAACUACCAGGCUUGACCUAUUUAGACCUAUCCUUCAAUCAGCUUACUGUCAUAUCCAGGGAUGUCUUCCUCAACUGGCCUCUCAUCAACAGGCAGGAGAGAAAAGGACGUAAAGAGGCCAGCAGUGGAGAGGCCAACGUCGUUUUAGCGCUGCACGACAACCCUUGGCUAUGUGACUGCCGCCUCAAAGGUUUCGUUGAGUUUAUCAAAACCAUUAGUCCACCUCUGAUUCUGAUGAACUCGUACCUGACGUGCACAGGCCCGAGUUCCAGGGCGGGGAAGUUCUUCCACGAAGUCGGUUUGAAAACAUGUAUGACGCCCGAGGCGUCCGCCUCAGAAACCAACAUGACAGUGUCACUGGGGGACAAGGUAACCCUCCAGUGCUUAGUCAAAGCCAGGCCUGAACCCUCCAUCCAUUGGUCAUACAACCUGAAGAUUAUAAAGGGAUUUACUGUGUCAGAGACCCGUAUGGACGAUGAGACCAUCCGAUCUCAGCUGAUCAUCCCAUCCCUGCACCUGGAAGACCGAGGCGUCUACACCUGCUUCGCCAACAACUUUAUCGGCAACUUCUCCGUCAGUUUCCUAAUCAACAUCAAGUCUUUCAACGCCUCCUCCUCCGGCGGUACCGCCAUGUCUCGUCCCCCGUUCCCGCUGUCCUCAACUGACGAGAACGUCUACAUCGACAUCCGUAUCUCCAAGCAGACGGUCUACGGCAUCACUCUGGAGUGGUACGCUGCGACGGACAACCCGGCAGAGACCUGGUUCACCAUCCACUUGGGGAAAUACGACUCUGACAAAAAGGAGUUGACAUACAUCGGACCGGGCAUCAACACCUAUGAGGUCAACGACCUCCUACCGGUUAGUAAAUACGAGGUGUGUGUGACGCUGAAGAACCAGACACCUCGCGCCGGUCAGUGCAUCGUGUUCUUAACAGGAAGUGACAUCGGCCAGCUGGAACAACGGGAGAAGUUCAUCCAUAUUGUUGUGAUCAUGUGUGCCAUGGUGCUGGCGGUGCCCGUGGGGAUGUACGCCUGCACCACCGACACUAGAUGUAAGUUCAGCUACCUGGACCGCUGUACGGAGCAGUGUAAGAGGAGGAGGAGGCAGGAGAAGACCCUGAGGACCAAUGGGGAGAGACAGGGGACCUUCGACAGCCUCCAAGCCGCCAGCGAUGAAGGACUCUGUCGUGACUCUGUAGAGGUGAUGAUGAAGAGGAGGUCCUCCCAGGAUAAAAACAACCACAAGGGCAGAGCACAAGAUCCACAAGAGACAAACAUUGGAGCAAAGCUUUAUUAGCUCUAGGUUUAACGUAAAAAAAAAAAAAAUGAAAUGUACAAAGAUACCUAGAGGUAAAAAUAGGGAGCAGUCUUCUGUGAAGUGAAGCUUUCGAAACACAUCUGUAAAGCUACAAGUUAUGAAGACUGAAAUGCCUUUCUUCAAUGACUGUGGGGAAGAGUAUAUUGUUUUAUCAAAAUGCCCUGUCUGUAAAGUAAUCAAAUGUUUAUAUUUUUCAAGUUUAUAUGCUGUAUCUUUGGGAUAUGUGUUUUUUUUUUAGCUUCAUUGUUCUUCUCUGUUUUAAAAAGAAAUAACUAAUCUGACAAGAAAUCACGAAUGUUGCUUCUAUACAUGUAAUAUCGUUGAAAUAUUUCCUUGUCUUCAGAAUGUCAUGAAGUGUAUUCUGCUCAUUGAAAAUAAUUAUUUCAGAGCCACACCAGGUUCCGUCAAAAUAUACAAUAACCAUGCCUUUGCACUACGACCUUUGUAGUGAAUGAGGCCUCUUUGCUAUUGUUUUCCUGGUUUUCUGGGGGGGGGUGAAGGUAGACACUAUAGACAGCAAGGUCCUAAUAGCUCCCUACCAAAAUCCCAUAGGUACUGUACACAGAGAAUAAGGUUCUAUACUUAGAUCUUAACCAUGUCUCAGAGAGAAUAGGGUUCUAUACUUA